UGGGUUUCGUGGUAAAUAAGACUCAAAGUUUAGACAACGUCCAUUCGCCUUUUUUGAAAGGACUUUCGCGGGUAGAAAAAUCAGAGCUACUCUUCUACGGCGCUUUACGUUUUGAAAUUAUUGAGUUUAAAGAUAAAAUGCCUCGCUCCUUUUUGGUUCGAAAGAAAGUUCCAACCCAUGAUCAACACCACGAGGAUAUUACAGAAAAGGUAGUUGCGAGUUCCGAUCCAGAUGGCAGAGAUCUAGAAAUCAGUGCCUCAAAAAUCUUAUACCAAGACAGUGCUGCAAGUCAAACUCUUCUUCAGGCGAUCAAACCUCGUCAUUACUUCCAAGCUGCUGUUGGGUCUACUUCAUCACAUCCCGACCCAAGGCGCCACAACAUCAAGCAGGAACACGUCACAGCAGCACAUAGCCAAUCCAGCCCCUCCACGGUCUGGAAAGCCUGGGCUCCACUGUCUCCAACAAGCUUCGUGCCUCCUCGCCAUCUUGGCUUCUCAGAUCCAAGCAUGGCCAGCGGACACUCAUUUAUGUGCCAUGCGCAGUACGAUCCAUUCCCAUCAAGGCUGAGCACAAAUGCCAGUCCCGUUGCUAUGGAGCCGUUUCUAUGGAGCAUGUCUCAUAGGUAUGUGCCCAGUACGGCGCAUGCGCAUCCAGGCUCCGAUUUGGACGCAUUUAGAAGAAGCAAUAGAACGUGUCAAAUGGAUGGUCACUGCGCAAGCACUCAAAGCGACACCAGGACCCAAAAUAGUCACGAGGACAAUAGCGUGUGCUAUCAGGAUUUGAGAUCAACGGUGACUAAAAACGAAAUGUCCCCAUCAAGUCCUCAGAACUACAAGGUCGUGGACUCAGCAGAAAGAGGCAACGAUGACCAGCAGACGUACGCUUGUAAGACGUGCCAGAAGAUCUUCUGUACUCCACACGGCCUCGAGGUGCACGUUAGAAGAUCACACGCAUCCAGCAGACCAUACAGCUGUCCCACAUGUGGCAAAACGUUCAGUCAUUAUGUUAGUCUCAUUCAGCACAAGAAGACGCACUCAUCGGUACGACUCUUUGAAUGCAAGAAAUGCGGAAAGCACUUCAAGCGUUCGUCAACGCUGUCCACACACAUGCUGAUUCACGCGGACAUCAGACCCUUCUCGUGUGAAUUCUGCGGGAAAAGAUUCCAUCAAAAGUCGGACAUGAAAAAGCACACUCUGGUCCACACAGGAGAGAAGCCACAUGAGUGCCGUUACUGUGGAAAGUGUUUCAGUCAGUCGUCCAAUCUGAUCACCCACAGUAGGAAGCAUUUAGGAUUCAAGCCGUUCGCUUGUCUUGUGUGUGGACGCGCUUUUUACCGCAAGGUUGACUUAAGAAGGCACAGUCAUGUUCAUACGGGGAUUAGGGCUUAAGCCGUUCGCUUGUCUUGUGUGUGGACGCGCUUUUUACCGCAAGGUUGACUUAAGAAGGCACAGUCAUGUUCAUACGGGGAUUAGGGCUUAAGCCGUUCGCUUGUCUUGUGUGUGGACGCGCCUUUUACCGCAAGGUUGACUUAAGAAGGCACAGUCAUGUUCAUACGGGGAUUAGGGCUUAAGCCGUUCGCUUGUCUUGUGUGUGGACGCGCCUUUUACCGCAAGGUUGACUUAAGAAGGCACAGUCAUGUUCAUACGGGGAUUAGGGCUUAAGCCGUGUUUUCACAUGGACACAUAUUUCUAUUGUAAUCAUGGUUGAAUACCGGACAUAAGGACGAAUUCGUUUUUUUCCAAGUUGUCUCUAAUUGGAAUAAGUUGCUAUAAUGUAAUAAAUACAUAUAUAAACUAAACAAACAUUACAUAAUUUCUUACGAAUUAUGAGAAUAAAGAUAGAGAAUCAUUAUAUUUCAGUGCGGACAACUUUUUGAGAAUGUUGUAUAAAAUAUAAAAUAAACAGAGGAAUUAGAA